AUGGGAAGGGAAGAUAAAGAUAAAGAUGAUGAUGGGGAUUCGGAUGGGAGUUUGAGGGAUGGGAAGAAAGAUGGGAAGAAGGGGAGGGGAAGAAGAGGGGGGAAUCAUAAUAAUUGUGGGGGUCGGAAUGGAAAUGGAAAUGGGAAUGGGAGAAGAAGAGAUGGGAAAAAUAAAAAGGCUGUUUUGAGUUCCAGUUCGGAUUAUGAUUCGGAUUCGGAUACGGAUUCGGAUUCGAGUGGUACUGAUGGAAAGGCUAAGACGGUUAGGGCGAUAAAUAAGGAGAUUAGACGCAAAAACCUCCCCGCGCACCUCGCAAACGCCCUCACUCCCCCCUCAAACCUAAACGCUGAAAUCCACCCCAAAGUAAACGCAUCAGGAAAAUAUCCCCCAGAUUUCAAUCGUCCGUUGAAAAUUAGAGAGGUGAUGGAAAUGAACUUACAUAAAUUGGAUAAAAUCCUCUCGGCGUAUGGUUUGUCGAUAUCGAAUAUUAAUAUGAAUAUAAUUCCUGGUGCGCAGUAUGGGAAUUUUAAUGCGAAUUUAAAUCAGAUGCUUUUAAAGGGGAAUGGGAAUGGGAAUUUGGGGGGGAUUGCUGCACACCCUCAUCCCCACCACCACCACCACCACCAAAACUCCCCCUCAACCCCCUGUCCCCAUUGCAACACCCACCCCACCUCCACCCACCUCACCAAACAAGCCAAACUAGAAAUUCUCUUCCAAUUCCUCUCCGUAGGAGCUUUUCAUCAUCCUCAUCAUCCCCAUCCUCAACCCCAUCAACCCCAUCAACUCCAUCAACCCCAUCAACCCCAUCAACCCCAUCAACCCCAUUAUUUCCCCCCAAACCCCCUCCCAAAUCCAAAUCCUCACCCGAAUCCUCCACAAAAUAUCGCAGGAUUAUUGCUUGCUGGAGGAGUAGCGGGGCCGGGAGCGGGAGCGGGGGUUGGGAUGGGAAAUAAGAAUAAAAAUAAGAAUCAGAAUAAAAAUAAGAAUAUUGGGUUAGUGGGUGGGAAUGGUAAUGGGAAUGCAGGAAAUGGAGGAGCAAAUCAAAAACCGAAUCGAUUGAAUAAUAAUAAUAUUGGGCUUGCGCGGGGGGUGGGGAGUGGGGUUAGGGGUGGGAAUGGAAAUGGGGUUGGAAGUGGUAGUGAGAGUGGUAGUAAUUAG